UCCUCCUUCCACAGGAAAAAAAACCCUAAAAGAGGAGACCUUCGCCAUUUCCAAAAACCCGGCGGCGAAGAUGAAGUACAACCCAAGAGUCACCUCCUCCCGCAGGAAGAACCGCAAGGCUCACUUCACAGCCUCGUCAAGCGAGAGGCGCGUCAUCAUGAGCUCGCCUCUCUCCACCGACCUUCGCGCGAAGUACAACGUCAGAUCCAUGCCCAUCCGCAAGGACGACGAGGUCCAGAUCGUCCGCGGGACCUACAAGGGGCGCGAAGGAAAGGUCGUCCAGGUGUACCGUCGCAAGUGGGUGAUUCACAUCGAGAGGAUCACGAGGGAGAAGGUUAACGGGACCACGGUGAACGUCGGCGUGCAGCCGUCGAAGGUUGUGAUAACGAAGCUGAGGUUGGAUAAGGACAGGAAGUCGCUUUUGGAGAGGAAGGCCAAGGGGCGUGCCGCGGCGGAUAAGGACAAGGGGACCAAGUUUACUGCUGAGGAUGUUAUGCAGAACGUUGAUUAAACACAAAGGUUUAUUUUAUCUUUUUAGUUUUGAUUAUCAGCAACUACUCUUUGUGUUUCAAGUUUUGCUUUGUCGGUUGUUUUAUUUAUGUUGCGGACAUGGGAAAGUAUCAUUUCAAUUUCGAUUAUGAGUUUGACUCAUUUUCUAUGCUUUUUAUAUGAAUGGUUGCUUUCUUGAUUUUGGUCAA